AUGCAUUUUGAGCGUGUCCUUACUGAGAUAAUUACUAUUGUUCUUCUCCGUGGUCCGAAUAGUAUAUCCCCGACCGAACGAAACAUCAUGGAUGUUCAGGCGGACAGUGAAAGCAGUUCUCCAGAACCGGUUGAGAAAGAUGAUUGUUUCGACACUGCUAAGUAUGCACAAUGUGUGAUGCGUCCAUUGAGUAAACCAGCAUAA